AUGGCCCCUGCUCAGGCUGAGGCCUUCAAGAAGGAGGCUGACGUGAAUUGUUCAGAGUCAAUUCGGAAUGGAGAAAGUGAUCUUCGAGGUGCUACCAUCAACGACGGUACAGUUGAUCAGGUGACUGCCCUUGAACUGUCCAUCAAUCAUCGACGUUUGAAUGCACGGCAAAUCCAGCUGACCAGUAUUGCCGGCUCAAUUGGAGCAGCUCUGUUCGUUGCUAUUGGGUCAGGUUUGACUGGUGGCCCUCUUGCACUUCUUCUUGCUUUCAUUUUUUGGGCAACUGUCGUCUUCAGUGUCGCCAAGUGCCGUAAGAGAUCCCCAUAUCUCAUGAAACGCCUUGGAAUAUGGUUUCUGACGAAGUCUGAAAUAGAAUACGAAAUCGUCACCCAGUAUCCUCUCGAUGGCUCAUUCAUUCGUCUGGCUGGCCAUAUGGUUGACCCCGCCUUGGGUGUGGCUUUUGCUCAAACGUCCUAUGUAAUCUUCGAGUGCACAAUUAUCAACUCGCUUGUCCAAGUUUGGGGUUACGAUCAGUCUCCAGCUAUCCUCAUUACGAUUUCCAUUGUACUAUAUAUGGCCAUCAACAUCUAUCUCUGGCUGGCUCUUGGCAAAAUUUUGUUGGCAACUGGACUGCUGCUUUUCACUUUCAUUGCGAUGCUGGGUGGAAACCCCCUGAACGACCGAUUUGGAUUCAGGCACUGGAAAGAUCCCGGCCCAUGGAAAGGUGAGACUGCCGGGGAGCAACUGAUGUCUUUCGUCAAUGGAGUCAACGUUGCUGGGUUCGUCAUGGCUGGCCCAGAGUACAUCUCGAUGAUCGCGGGAGAGGCUAAAGACCCUCGGCGCACCAUUCCACGAGCUUUUAACACCAUCAUGUACCGUCUCGUGUUCUUCUUUAUUGGAGGAGCGCUUGCUGUUGGACACAGUUUGACUGGAGGAGCUGACACCUACGCUGGUGCUUCGCCCUAUGUAAUUGCAGCGGCUAGGCUUAAAAUUCCGGUCCUACCUUCAAUCAUUACCGCUGCCCUUAUUACCAGCAUCGUCUCCGCUGGAAAUGCGUACACCUUUAACGCCUCUCGUAGCCUGCACGCUCUGGCACUUGAGGGACAAGCACCUAAGUUCCUGCGGAAACUCAACAAGCAUGGUGUUCCCUAUAUGGCCGUUAUCGUUGUUAUGGUUCUGGCCUGUCUGUCAUAUCUGGCGCUUAGUUCAGGAACUGCAAAGGUUUUGAACUGGAUUUUGAACUUUUGUACUGCAGCCACUAUGCUCAAUUGGGCCGUCAUGUCAUUCACGUACAUUCGAUUUCACCACGCAAUGAAAGCGCAGAAUAUCGACAAGAAGUCAUUCCUACCUGUUGUGUCACGACUACAGCCAUAUGCCGGAUACUGGGCAUUCUUCUGGUCAUUCUUCUUCCUUUGGGUCCAAGGCUAUGCCGUGUUCCUGGAUGGCAAAUGGGAAGUGGCUACAUUUGUCUUUAACUAUGGCAUUAUAGGUCUAGCUACUAUCAUCGCGAUUUUCUGGAAGAUCUUCAAGCGCACAAAGUGGCACAAGUCCAAGGAUGUUGACCUUCACAGCGGCCUGGAGUUCUUCAAGGCUUUGGAUGAACACUACCUCCAGGAACGGGAGAACAACCCUCCUUCCAGGUUCGGCAGGGCGCUAGAAAAGUACAUCAAAGAUGUCGUCGACGCCACUCAGGAUGUGCGUACUGGCGGAGAAGAGAAGGGCAUUAACUUAAGGGUUUCGGUGUAUUGA